AUGCUAUCCUCUCAGUCUUCACGACAACGUAACCUUGAAAAAGUAUUGGUAGAAGGUGUGGACUAUGUUUCUACAAGGAAUCAACAACAUUUCGCCAAGUAUGGAUCUAUGAUUAAUUAUCAAGUGAAUGCUCAAGUAUUGAGUGGUGUUGUAUCUGUUGACCACGAAUUGGGUGUUUGGGAUGUUCAAUGUGAUCUCACAUCUUCCCAACAACUCUCUCAUGUGAUUAUUGAUUUUGCGGAUGGUACCUUUUCUGCAAGAAAAUGGGUUCCUGGUACUCGCUUGGUCAUUGGAGCGUCAGGUUGGAGCUGUAUGAAUAACAAUGAUGAUACACCAAUGGUGUAUUUGGUCAUGUCAAGAGAAAUUCUUCGUCGUUCUGGAAACAUGAUUAGAGUCCAAUUCGAGGUGAGAAGGCUUCAAUACAACGAAGUGUUCUUGAAUGCCAACGUCAAGAUGAAAUCCAAACCAAUAUCAGUUCCAUCUUGUGCUACACCAACCCCAUUUCAGAUGGCACAACAAUCUUUCAGCAGAGCAGUGAAUUGGCAAUUUUCAAAGGACAUGUCCAUGUGGUCAUUUAAUCAAAACACACAAACACUUAAAGUCAUUGAACCAUCCAUUGUACUGUACAAUAACAUCAAUGGAGUACAGCUCGUUUGUGAAGAUUGCUAUGCUUCCUUGAGAGCUGAAGUAUCUGUUGAUAUUAGCUUUAGUUGGUGGUCCUUAUCAUUGAAUCAAGGUAAAGUUACUUUUGGUGGCAAUUGGAAAUCGUAUACCAUGUUGAAGGCCUCUGUAACACGAGAGAGAGAAGAUAGCUUUGAGAAAGAGAUUUGGAAGAGUCCUACUCCUUACACUGUUUUUAUACCAGUCCUUGGUUUUCCUAUACCGAUUCGCUUUACCCUCAAGUUAGGUGUAGAAGCCUCAUUCAAAGCUUCAGGUACUCUGGAAUAUAGUCGAGAUUUUACAGUUACAUACCAAAGAACUAUUGGUGUUGGUUAUGACUCUACAAAAUCGCUUGAAAAAUCAUACGUGAUCGAUUCUGGUAAUAGCUAUUCAUUGGAGUCCACAACUCCUGGUGUUCGAUUAAGUGCCAAUGCCGAACUACAACUUGCUCUUGUUCCAUCCGUAGAGGUUACAGUGUUUUCUUUGGCCCUUGGAUCCGUAGGUGUGAAACCUUCGUUAAAAGUGGGGCUCAGCGGUGAGGGUUUAUUGUCGACUCAAAGUGCCUCAUUGUUCGUCAAGUUGCACACUUCAUUUUCUCUCGCAGUGAUUCUCAAAGCAUUUUCUUAUUCCAAAACAUUAGAUAUAUAUUCUGAUGUUCCAAUUCCAUAUCUAUCCUACACGUAUGCUGUUCAGAGUGCUUCAUUCAAGGCCGUUAAUGCUCCUUCACAACAACAACAAGAUCCAAACCUCAUUCCAACUUUGCCCUACUCAAGUGUGACCGUUGGAGGUUUAGAGGUCACUGUUACCAUACAGGGUGUCAAUAACAAUUACUAUUUUCUCAAAUACAGGGACAUUCGCUCGUCAAGCUAUUCAACAACCGCGUCGAAAAUUUGCAAAUAUGGGUGUACUUAUACUAUUUAUACACCAGCAAACACUUACUACUAUUUUGAAGUUGUAAAUGAUGGUUAUUUAUACAAUGAAGUGAAAGAGACAACGACUGUGAGUUUAUAUGUAAGCACAACAUCAGGCACUCUCUAUUCUGGUAACUACAUGUCAAUCGAAUUUUCAGCUACUGACCCUACUUAUACUUUUACAUCAACUCCAAAUGCUCCAAUUUCUUUGAACUAUGGACAAACUCACUUUGAAUACAAUGUUUAUCCUCAAUUUCCAUAUUAUUUCGUUUCCUUUGCAAGUUCUACGCGAUUAACCUCAAAUUUAAUAUCAGGCUCUCCUGUAGAGUUUUAUGAAAAUGGUGCUUAUACUUACCUCAUUUAUUCCAAUAAGUUUACAAUUUUUACAGCAACAACGUUAAAUUUUAAGCAAGUGUUGAAUUACAGACUCAUGAAAGACGGCGAAGAGUUCAAAGAGCAGGUCAUCUAUGAAAAAGAUCAUCCAUUUGGUUUCGCAAUCAAUAACGCACCUUCAGAGACCAUGUAUCCGAAUUAUAUGAUAAGUGCUCGAAUUAGAGGCCAAUUCAAUGUCAUGAUAUUUGAAGGCAGUAUUGAACGCUUUUCAUUCAAACAAACAAAGGGUAAAAAGUAUACGUAUGAAGGAGCUAGCUUGAACACAACCAUUACAUACAAUUGGAAUUUCACCAGGCCAGCUGUUAAUUCUACUGGCAUUAGAACAUUUAUGGUGCAAUUUUUGCCAACGAGCACCAUGUUCACAUUAGAGAAUUUCCGUAUUGAUUCAUAUUCACAGAUUGACAUUACAUCUCAGUCAUCAUACAGUGCCAGAAAUCUCGUCUUGUAUGAUAUUGGGGUUAGAGAUGCAACCACUUUUAUCAAUCCCUAUCUCAUGGUGGUCCCACCUCCAUUCUCUCUAGCCAGUAUUCGAGUGGGUACUGUGAUACCAGAUGUGUUAUUUGCAGCUUCGGCGACUGAUGGUAUUACCAUCUAUAAUGUGACCACAUCAAACACCAAAAUACCAAUUUCAAUGACAAAAUUACCACUAACCAUAGCCUCAACAAAUGAUGUAACUGCUGAAUUUGUUCCAAACUAUAAGAUAAUUUCAGGAGUACCUUCAAUUACAGCAACAUUGAGAUCGUUUUUUGAAAAAGCGUACUAUGCUUACAAAUGCGAAACACCUAUGGCAUUCUCACCAUCUGACACUUUGUUUUUACGUGUCAUUGACAUUACUACUUCCAAACCUGCAACCUUUUAUGUUGUAGUGGAAAUUUUUCUGAUGAAUUCGAAAGGAUCUGUGAUCAAAUCUGGGUCAUUGGAACCACAGGGAAAUGGUCUUUUCACACUCUCAAGGACCGAAUCACUUGCAAGCCUUUGUCAAGAAAGUGGAAAUUAUAUUCAAUUCAAGGUGUACACUAUUGAUGGUGGUACCAUUUAUUUAGAGCUAAGUGUAGUGAACACUAUUUCUUUACAAAAUAAGGCAAGAAGAAACGUCCAAGGUACUACAAUGACACUUGAUCCAUCGAAGGGGCAAUUGUUCUUAAAUAUUGAACAAACGAUGAAGCAGGAAAAAACCUCAAAGUCAGGUAUUGUACUUAAGGCUGCAGCUUCUCAAUGCAAUCUUGCACUAUAUAUUAACAGUGCUAAUUCUCUAGCACCUCCUUCGUUCCUUGAUAAGAAUUCUAUUUAUGAUUUUAGAGCUGGUAUGAACGGAAAUGGAGAAAGCUUGCCAAUCUCCUUCCUCAAAUCGAACAGUGCUGGAUCUGUUGUGCUAGCAUAUACAGACACUCAAUGCUCGAACGUGGACUUUUCUUAUGAAGAGCUCAAGAACACAGAUUUGACUUUGCACUUUAUAGACCCUGAUGCCAAGACCUCAGAAUCUAUCAGCACACUUCUCAAUAUUUCAUCCAUCCAAAUUAAGAUCAAUUCACCAUAUCAUUCAUGGGAUAAGACUUUUAUCCAAGAGUUGAGAAAUAAUCUAAACACCAAGAUUUUCGAGUAUUUGAAGGUCAAUACCAGCUUUACAAAUGUUCCAUCUCUUCAAUCCUUGCUAAACAUUACGGCCAUGGGAUCGAUUGACUCACAAACUGUGGAAAUAGUUUUUAGUGUUAAAGCUGAAGCAACGUCAAGCAAUGUACAACUUAUUGGUGGGUUAUAUUUUCGUUCAUUCCCUUCCAUGUUUGAUACUGGAUAUGAUAUCAAACCAAGAAACAGUUUGACAUUCACAGAUUCAAAAGCAGUUGUUAACCAUGCUUUUGCCAUUCAUAAUUUCUCAUCUCCAUGGAUGGGAUUGAUGUCAUUCUUGUUUCUUUAUUUUGUGAUUUGGCACUAA